CUUACUAGUAUCGAUUCAUUCAUUUAAAGGCCUACCGCUGAGUCGUUGCUCGGAGGCCUCAUGUAUUCCACAUUUCUGAGUACCUGCUCUCUGGUUCACCUCAUUCUGCUCUUGUAUAUGACCGCAGCGACUCCCCACCUUCACCUCAAUGGCCACCACCAUCAAAUCAUUCUCGACGACGUUGUGGACUCACGCCAAAAAGCACACAGGCGUCGGGCUUGUAUGUGCAGUAGCCUAUUUUGAUCCAGGCAACUGGGGUGUCGAUCUCCAAGCAGGGUCGUCGUACGGAUACCGACUGCUUUUUGUCGUCCUCCUAGCUGGACUAUUCGCUGUAUUCUUCCAGGUGUCAGCUCAUCGACUGGGAUGCGUAACUGGCCUUGACUUGGCGUCGCACUGUCGGGUGCUGCUUUACCCUCGCCCUGUGACCCGGUACCUAUUCCUGUAUCCCCUCUACAUUCUCUCCGAGGCGGCUAUCGUAGCGACAGACCUGGCAGAGCUGCUCGGGUCAGCGAUUGCCUUAUGUCUGCUCUUUCCCGCUCUCGAAAUAUGGCACGGCGUGCUGAUCACUGCAUUCGACGUCCUUUUAAUCCUCGCUCUCGGUGAUCCCCUUCGCGGACGACCCGUGCGCGUCUUCGAAUUCAUUAUCGCUGCACUGGUAAUCGCCGUCCUGAUUUGCAUGUGUAUCAUCAUUGCUCGCGUGGACGUCCACUGGCCCAAUGCUUUUCUUGGAUACCUGCCUUCAAAAUACGUAUUCAAAAAUGGUGCUCUGUAUACGUCGGUAGGUAUCCUCGGAGCGACUGUCAUGCCGCAUGGUCUCUUUCUUGGCUCGGCGCUAGCAACGCAGGACCGUGUCGCAGCCAUAUCUGUAGAGGAAGAGGAAGAGGAACCGGAGAAGCUCCGGCAACGGAUUCGAUCCGUCUUCCGCCUGACGCCCAUUUCCCCACCGCAGACAUUAACUAACAACUCGCUCUCUUUCAUCAAGUUACACCUGUAUCAUGGCAUUGCCGAUCUCGUCCUCUCGCUCUUCUGUUUUGCGAUCGUAAUUAAUUCCCUCAUCCUCAUUCUUGCAGGUGCUACCCUUCCCGCCACUGCACAAACCGCCUCCCUUUUUGACGCGUAUGAUCUUAUCCGCACAGCCGUCUCUCCCUCUGCUGCCACCCUCUUUGCCCCAGCACUCCUCUUCUCCGGACAGUCUUCAUCCCUUAUCGCCACCGUCGCAGGCCAAGCCGUGUCAGAAGGUUUCCUGAACAUUCGCUUGUCACCCGUGUUCAGACGGCUUAUCACCCGCCUGCUAUCCCUCGUACCAGCGCUUACGGUCGCAAUAGCAAUAGGCAGAAGUGGAAUUGACACCCUCCUCGUCGCAUCCCAGGUUGUUUUGUCUAUCGUCUUGCCCUUCAUCGUCUUUCCACUGUUAUGGUUGACGAGUAACAAACGUGUGAUGUCGGCGAAAAAUGAUGAUGGAGGUUCCGUGAAUUUCAGCAAUAGUAUACCUAUUACGUUGCUAGGGGCGGCGAUUUGGCUCCUCGUUGUAGCGGCGAACGUUUACGUUCUUGUUAGCUUGGGCUUGGGGGUUGCGUAGUUCCGUCAUACCCCAGACGUUAAUACAAAGGCUUCUUGCCUUUGCGUCCGUCAUCUAAUGGGUAACACACUUGCCAAUCAUGACCUUGGCUGUGCAGCACUCGAGUACGGUGUACCAUAGGGACUGCACAGAGUUUCAGCAUCGAUAUCAUUAACGGGAUGUCUGACAAGAUUGCCCUGGGCAGGACCCACCGUCACUUUCUCCUCC